UCAUCCCAGCAGUGAACCGAGUAGAGCAGCUUGUUCCACUUCUUCUUCUGCCUCUUUGCUCCUCUAUUUUUCUUUUUUUCUUCCGUUGGAGUGAUUCGGAGCCGGAGCCAAACUGGAUCCGGCGGUGCACGGUCCGCCACCGGAGCAGCAGCAGCAUCAGUACCAGUGGAGCGGUAAGGAACGCCAGCCUCCGCCCUGGACCGAUGAGCUGGCUGAGAUGUCCCAGCACAUCUACACACGACACGGGGCGGGAGAUGGGCUGCAGAAGCCUGUGUUCCAGGCCAACAGAGGGACCUACUCCAGACGCAGCCGGCUAAAGAGGUCUGACGGCAGCACCACCUCGACAAGCUUCAUCCUCAGACAGGGUUCAGCUGAUUCCUACACAAGCCGACCGUCUGAUUCAGAUGUGUCCCUGGAAGAGGAGAAGGAGGGUGGCCGGCAGGAGAGGGAGCAGCAGGCCACUGUUCAGCUGGAGAGGGCAAAGAGUAAAGCAGUGGCGUUUGCUGUGAGGACCAAUGUGAGCUACUGCGGCGCUCUGGAUGAGGAUGUUCCUGUAGCUGGCACUGCUGUCUCGUUUGAUGCCAAGGACUUCCUGCACAUCAAAGAGAAGUACAACAAUGACUGGUGGAUCGGCCGCCUGGUGAAGGAAGGCUGUGACAUCGGCUUCAUCCCGAGCCCUCUCAAGUUGGAAAACAUCCGAAUCCAGCAAGAGCAGAAGAGAGGACGCUUCCAUGGAAGUAAGUCCACUGGGAAUUCGUCCUCCAGUCUGGGAGAAAUGGUUUCAGGGACAUUCAAGCCAAACCCCAACUCUGCAGGGAAGCAGAAACAAAAAGUGGCAGAGCACAUCCCUCCAUAUGACGUAGUUCCUUCCAUGAGGCCCGUUGUCCUGGUGGGACCUUCCCUUAAAGGUUAUGAGGUGACAGAUAUGAUGCAGAAAGCGCUUUUUGACUUCCUGAAGCACAGGUUUGAUGGAAGGAUAUCUAUCACCAGGGUAACCGCUGACAUAUCUUUGGCCAAGAGGUCAGUACUAAACAACCCCAGUAAGAGGGCCAUCAUUGAGAGGUCCAACACGCGCUCCAGCCUUGCUGAAGUCCAAAGUGAAAUAGAGAGGAUCUUCGAGUUGGCCCGGUCUCUGCAGCUGGUUGUGCUUGAUGCUGACACCAUUAACCAUCCAGCGCAGCUCAUCAAGACCUCACUAGCACCCAUCAUUGUGCAUGUUAAAGUGUCCUCGCCUAAGGUCCUCCAGCGGCUGAUCAAAUCAAGAGGAAAAUCUCAGAGCAAACACUUGAAUGUGCAGCUCGUGGCAGCAGAAAAACUAGCACAGUGUCCUUCUGAGAUGUUUGAUAUCAUUCUGGAUGAGAACCAGCUGGAGGAUGCAUGUGAACACCUGGCAGAAUACCUGGAGGCAUACUGGCGUGCUACACACACCUCACUUAGUACACCACUCAACCCCCUACUGGGACGUAAUCUGGGCUCCACUGCUCUCUCCCCAUAUCCUGCUGCCAUUCAGGCCCAAAGAAAUCGUAACAGCAACCACACAUCAACAGACCACUCACCUGUGGAACGCCGUAGCUUGAUGCCUGCCGAUGAGAACUACCAUAAUGAACGGACCCGGAAGAACCGCAACCGUCUGUCCUCAGGUUCACAGCAUAGCCGGGACCACUCCCCUCUGGUGGAGGAGGACUACCAGGACCCCUACCAGGACUCUUACAAGCCUCACCGUAACCGAGGAUCUCCAGGAGGAUACAGCCAGGACUCCAGACACCGGCUUUGAGCUGUAGUCCUCUGUACAUAAUAAAAAAUAACAAAAACAUCUAAAUGUAAACCUGUCUUCUCAAAUGAACCAUGAUGGAUCUGAGAGUGAAGCUGCUACACUCAUUUGGACCAUAACAACCUGAUAUCGAUGUGUAGUACCUCACUUUCCAUUUGGCAUCGUCUCCUGCCAAAUGGACGUUUGAACCUUAAAAUGUUGAAUCCUGCUCUGGCUUUGAUGUGACCAAGGAAAGAGCCAGGAUCCGAACGUAGCACAAGAACAGGCUGGUUUUGUUGUAGACAAAGUCUGAGACUGUGUGGUUUCAUGAUGCAGGAGAUGUGAGGAGAGUAGGUGACAGUGUGAGCCUUCUUAUGUUAGAUGUUACUGUAGCAUGCAGGUGGGACUGUAACUACAGCUCAUGACCUGCCUCAAGCCAAUGCCAGAAAGCGCGAGCAUCCUGUGGUGAUGAUCCACACCAAACCUGUUUGCACGUGUCCAGGAGUGGGCAGAAGCAGAGUGCAAUGCAUCUGCAACACUCCUCAAGUUUGUUUGUCUUUGAUGUGAGUGUAAUAAAUCCAGUGGAUGCCUGUACCCAAAUCCAGAGUCGUACACAUUUGAUUUCAAAGUGACAUGACUGGUAGUUGUGAUAUUAUGUUCAGGCUUCAGACCUGCCUCUGCCCCCCCACCUCACUCCACCCCACCGUACACCCUUUGCCAUGAAUCAUAUCAGGAUGGGAAAGCAAAGAUCAUGCAGUUACUAAUACAUUUCAAAGCUCUAAACCUCAGGAACGAGAGGUCAUUUAGACCUGGAAGUGUUUUGACAGAUGUAGCAUUCACACACCUAAUAAUAUGAAGGGGGUUGGAUCAUGAUUCUUAAGUUCAGUUACAAAUAUUUGUAUUUAGCUGUUACUCAAAAGCUCAUUGGGAGUGUUUUUGGCAUUAUUACACUGAUGUAAUUUGUUUGACACGACAUUAUUUAGAAACGCAAUUGCAAUUUUAUUGAGAAACUGUGUUUUAAAUUUAAAUCAACCAAAAUAACUAAGAGGAUGAACAUACACUUUUAGAACAGAAAAUAAUGUUCCAUUAAUUUGUCUUCACAAUUUAAGAAGUACAUUUAAUUUCUCACACUUUGUUUCAAAACAGCUUUUUACAACUCUAUUUGUAAAUUUACUACAUCAUGCAUUUUUUUUUUUUUUUUUACACUCACCACAACAUUGACUGAAAAAAAUGCACAGGGCUAUAUGUAACAGUGUCUUGUACUCUCCUAAAAAUAUAGAACCUACAUUUUUAACUAGAUGAAUUUCUUGUAUGCUGCCAGCUAACACAGACUAAAUAUAUCAUUACAAUUCAAUGCCAUAUCUUUGUAUUGUGAUUUAAUAUUUGUUAAAUUUUUUGUUGUUGUCAUUCGAGAUCUGAACUGUAACUCUGGACGAUUGAAUUAUGUUCUUAUCUGCCAUAUAUACAGUAGCUUUUAUUGUUGUUUCAAAGCUCUGGAGCAUAAGCAGAUGUUUAAAAGACCUGAUAACUGCCUGUGAGAGAAUGAUGCACUGAUUAGAAACGUUUGUGUGCCCUGUCAUUUUACAACUGUGAUGAAAUAAACUGUUGUAAAAUAAACUGCUGUUUGAAGGGCAUUGCUUUUA